AUGUCGUCCUUUCUUACACUCCUCCGCCACUCUGCUCUAAAGUUUGAAGACAUGCCUCCUCCCAUCAAUGUAAAAUUUAUGUCUGUACCACGACUGCCUACCAGCACUCCCUUUGACAGUGCUCGACCCAACGAGCUAGUCACCCUCGCCAGGAAGCAUCUCUGGCGCCCUCUUCCUACUUCAUCUGGAAAUUUCUCAUCUCCUACCAAAGUCAUGGCGCUCGGAUUUCUUCGAAGACUGAUGCUUCUGGAAGAGAGCCAUGUCGUCUUUCCCAUCGAUACCAUCGCCGAGCUAUCGCCGUACGUUCACAAAUGGGCCAUUUACUUCCUAAAGACCAAUCGUUGGCUGACCCACGAGGACGCCAACGUGGGAAUUCUUGUAGCUUCUCUCAGUCGAGUUGGCCAAUUUGCGAAGUAUCCAGUCUCGAACGCACUCCUUCCUUCACAGUCGCCAGACGUUGUCCCCUACAUCCUGGAACUCUAUGUUGAUCUGCCCAACCUGCCAGGUGUUUGCAAACAAUUCCUCGCGCCCAUUCUUAAUGACUACUUCUCAGAUGUGACUCUUGGCGGGCAAUGCAUGCAUAUCCUUGGGAAUGUCCCACGUCACAGACUAUUGGCAUAUGUUGACCGCUUAAAGGAUACAGUCUCUAGAAAGACUUUGCGUUUGAGCGACUUACACAGUAUCCUAUUAUUCAUGACCUCCGCUUCUCUCAUCGAUCAACGCAUUCACAAUGAAUUUCUUCAGCUUAACACUAUCAAAUGUGUCUGCAACGCACUACAGCGCCUGACUCCCUCCCUAGAAGACUUUGAGAAUUUCGUACAUGUUCCCCUUCGACUCACCAACAUCGAUCUUUGCGCGGACUACCUCAGCAACGCUUUUUUUCAAAACAUUUCACUUUCAGUUAAAGCUGUCCAUCAUGGCCAGCUUCUUCGGUCUCUUAUGCGAUCUGUCAUCAUAGUUGACCAACACCGUCCCCCAGUAGCUCGUCCAAAGUAUAACUCUAUCAUCAAGCUAAUCGCUCAAGUGACCAUCUGUUCCAUGUGGUUUCCGGCGCUCAACGCGAUAGUAUCUGCUCUCAACUCUUUCACUCAAAAGGAAGCUGCUCCUUUGCAAAAAAUACCAAAAGACUCAGACAUUCAACAGUAUUGGGCAACGAUGCUUCACACAGUUAAACAGCGGAUGGAAAUGAGGGACAACAUGACAUACAUCCUUCGAUGCAAUAAUCCCGGGUGUUCCGUGACGGGAUUAGAUGCCCUCAAGCGAUGUACCGCGUGCAUGAAUAUGACCGUAUGUUCUACGCGUUGCCAGAAACGGGAAUGGAACAAUGGCCACAAGGAAAGAUGUCGCUAUCUGAGAGCGUCUCUCCCUACUAUGAUGCGCGAGGAGGACGAGUACUUCCUGAAUUGUGUAAUCAAAGCGGAAUUCCCCUAUGAACAUCUGAUGGAUCCCGCGGUCGUGGCGCGCAUGACGAAGGGGAAUGAACAAUACCAUGAGCCGAUGGUUAUGUGUAUAGAUUAUCGUUGCAUUCCCUGCGUCCGUGCAUUGGUGCCCGUCUCUCUCUGCCCCAAUGUCGGGCAGGAUCUGAUAGACAAGCGGGAUUUAAACAAGGACACCAGUUUUAUCCUCCAAACUACGCUUCCUUUAGCUCGUGGUGGACUGACUGUUACCCAAGUUGUGGAGAAUUUCGAUCUUAGUACAAUACGCGUUGUUUAAACCCUUUUGCCAUUCCCCGGGUCGGACUUGACUUGUAGUAGAGUUGUUGAAUUGGCGGUUUCUCCGGUAGCCCUUGGACCCCCCAUACGAUAUUUAAAUAAAAUCAACGCAGGACGCAUUCCCUGCUGUGUGUAGUACGCCGGC